CCGGGCUCGGCGGCGGCGGCGGCGGCGGGCGGACAGCGCGGGCUGGCCGGCGGGCCAUGGAGGCGGAUGGGGCCGGCGAGCAGAUGAGACCGCUACUCACCCGGGGUCCUGAUGAAGAAGCUGUUGUGGAUCUUGGCAAAACCAGUUCAACUGUGAACACCAAGUUUGAAAAAGAAGAACUAGAAAGUCAUCGAGCUGUCUAUAUUGGUGUUCAUGUCCCGUUUAGUAAAGAGAGUCGUCGGCGUCAUAGGCAUCGUGGACACAAACAUCACCACCGGAAAAGAAAAGAUAAAGAAUCAGAUAAAGAAGAUGGACGGGAGUCUCCUUCUUAUGACACACCAUCCCAGAGAGUUCAGUUCAUUCUUGGUACUGAAGAUGAUGAUGAAGAACACAUUCCGCAUGACCUCUUUACGGAAAUGGAUGAACUGUGCUACAGAGAUGGAGAAGAGUAUGAAUGGAAAGAAACUGCCAGAUGGCUGAAAUUUGAAGAGGAUGUUGAAGAUGGUGGUGACCGAUGGAGUAAACCUUACGUGGCAACUCUCUCUUUGCACAGUCUUUUUGAACUAAGAAGUUGCAUCCUAAAUGGAACAGUGAUGCUGGACAUGAGAGCAAGUACUCUAGAUGAAAUAGCAGAUAUGGUAUUAGACAACAUGAUAGCCUCUGGCCAAUUGGAUGAGUCCAUAAGAGAGAAUGUCAGAGAAGCUCUUCUGAAGAGACAUCAUCAUCAGAAUGAGAAAAGAUUCACCAGUCGGAUUCCCCUUGUUCGAUCUUUUGCAGAUAUAGGCAAGAAACAUUCUGACCCUCACUUGCUUGAAAGGAAUGGGGAAGGCCUUUCAGCCUCCCGCCACUCUUUGCGAACAGGCCUGUCUGCCUCAAACCUUUCAUUGAGAGGAGAAUCGCCUUUAUCUCUUCUUCUCAGUCAUCUUCUUCCUUCUUCAAGAGCUGGAAGCCCUGCAGGCUCGAGGUGUACAACCCCACUACCCACCCCUCAAAGCAGCCCUCCUUCCAGCCCUAGCGUCAGUCGCCUGACCUCCAGGAGUUCCCAACAGAGUCAGCUUCAGGUCCCAGAGCUACUGGUUUCACCUGCCAGUGAUGGUAUCCCCACAGUAGUAAUUCAUCCGCCCGAGGAAGACUUAGAAGCAUUGAAAGGCCAGGAGGAGAAGAAUGAGGAAAAUGUUGACAUGACUCCAGGUAUUUUGGCCUCUCCACAGUCUGCCCCUGGAAACUUGGACAAUAAUAAAAGUGGAGAAAUUAAAGGUAAUGGAGGUGGAGGAAGCAGAGAGAAUAGUACUGUUGACUUCAGCAAGGUUGAUAUGAAUUUCAUGAGAAAAAUUCCCUCGGGAGCCGAGGCAUCCAAUGUGCUGGUAGGAGAAGUGGACUUUCUGGAAAGACCUAUAAUUGCAUUUGUGAGAUUGGCUCCUGCUGUUCUCCUUUCAGGGUUGACUGAGGUCCCUGUUCCUACAAGGUUUUUGUUUCUGUUAUUGGGUCCAGCAGGCAAGGCACCACAGUAUCAUGAAAUUGGAAGAUCAAUAGCCACUCUCAUGACAGAUGAGAUUUUUCAUGAUGUAGCCUAUAAAGCAAAAGACAGAAAUGACCUCUUAUCUGGAAUUGAUGAAUUUUUAGAUCAAGUAACUGUCCUACCUCCAGGAGAGUGGGAUCCUUCUAUACGCAUAGAGCCACCAAAAAGUGUUCCUUCUCAGGAAAAGAGAAAGAUUCCUGUAUUUCCCAAUGGAUCUGCCCCCAGCUCGGGUGAUACUCAUGAGGCUGCUCAUCAUGCUGGGCCAGAGCUACAGAGGACUGGACGGCUUUUUGGUGGUUUGAUACUUGACAUCAAAAGGAAAACACCUUUUUUCUUGAGUGACUUCAAGGAUGCAUUAAGUCUACAGUGCCUGGCCUCGAUUCUUUUCCUAUACUGUGCCUGUAUGUCUCCUGUAAUCACUUUUGGAGGGCUGCUUGGAGAAGCUACAGAAGGCAGAAUAAGUGCAAUAGAGUCUCUUUUUGGAGCAUCAUUAACUGGGAUUGCCUACUCGUUGUUUGCUGGGCAACCUCUAACAAUAUUGGGGAGCACAGGUCCAGUUUUAGUGUUUGAAAAAAUUUUAUUUAAAUUCUGCAGAGAUUAUCAGCUGUCCUAUCUGUCUUUAAGAACCAGUAUUGGUCUUUGGACCUCUUUCUUGUGCAUUGUUUUGGUUGCAACAGAUGCAAGCAGCCUUGUGUGUUAUAUUACUCGAUUCACAGAGGAGGCUUUUGCAGCCCUAAUUUGCAUCAUAUUCAUCUAUGAGGCUUUGGAGAAGCUCUUUCAUUUAGGAGAAAUAUAUGCAUUUAAUAUGCACAACAAUCUAGAUGAACUGACCCGCUACUCAUGUGUGUGUGUUGAACCUCCUAACCCUAGCAAUGAAACUCUAAAAAUAUGGAAAGAAAUGAAUUUAACAGCACAUGAUAUUUCCUGGGGGAAUCUCACUGUUUCUGAAUGUAAAACCUUUCAUGGUCUGUUUGUAGGAUCAGCUUGUGGUCAUCAUGGACCUUAUAUUCCAGAUGUGCUCUUUUGGUGUGUCAUCCUUUUUUUCACAACAUUUUUUCUGUCUUCAUUCCUCAAGCAAUUUAAGACUAAGCGGUAUUUUCCUACCAAGGUGCGAUCGACAAUCAGUGAUUUUGCUGUAUUUCUCACAAUAGUAAUAAUGGUUGCAAUUGACUACCUUGUAGGAGUUCCAUCUCCUAAACUUCAUGUUCCUGAAAAAUUUGAGCCUACUGAUCCAAGUAGGGGCUGGUUCAUAAGCCCAUUGGGAGAAAAUCCUUGGUGGACUUUAUUAAUAGCUGCUAUUCCCGCUCUGCUUUGUACCAUUCUCAUCUUUAUGGAUCAACAAAUUACAGCUGUAAUCAUAAACAGAAAGGAGCACAAAUUGAAGAAAGGAGCUGGCUAUCACCUUGAUUUGCUCAUGGUUGGUGUUAUGUUGGGAGUUUGCUCUAUCAUGGGACUUCCGUGGUUUGUGGCUGCAACGGUGUUAUCAAUAAGUCAUGUCAACAGCUUAAAAGUUGAAUCUGAAUGUUCUGCUCCAGGGGAACAACCCAAGUUUUUGGGAAUUCGUGAACAGCGAGUUACAGGGCUAAUGAUUUUUAUUCUAAUGGGCUUGUCUGUGUUCAUGACUUCAGUACUAAAGUUUAUUCCAAUGCCUGUCCUGUAUGGUGUUUUCCUUUAUAUGGGAGUUUCCUCAUUAAAAGGAAUCCAGUUUUUUGACCGUAUAAAAUUAUUUGGAAUGCCUGCUAAGCAUCAGCCCGAUCUGAUAUAUCUCCGUUACGUGCCUCUCUGGAAGGUCCAUAUUUUCACAGUCAUUCAGCUCACUUGUCUGGUUCUUUUGUGGGUGAUAAAAGCUUCAGCUGCCGCAGUAGUUUUCCCCAUGAUGGUUCUUGCAUUAGUCUUUGUACGCAAACUCAUGGAUCUGUGUUUCACAAAGAGAGAACUUAGUUGGCUUGAUGACCUCAUGCCAGAAAGUAAGAAAAAGAAAGAAGAUGACAAAAAGAAAAAAGAGAAAGAGGAAGCUGAACGAAUGCUUCAAGCUGAUGACGAUACUGUGCACCUUCCAUUUGAAGGGGGAAGUCUCUUACAAAUUCCAGUUAAGGCCCUAAAAUACAGUGUCGAUCCCUCAGUUGUUAACAUAUCAGAUGAAAUGGCCAAAACUGCACAGUGGAAGGCACUUUCCAUGAAUACUGAGAAUGCCAAAGUAACCAGAUCUAGCACGAGCCCUGAGAAACCUGUGAGUGUGAAAAUAAAUUUUGAAGAUGAACCAACAAGGAAAUACCUGGAUGCUGAAACUUCAUUAUAGAAUUGAACCAAGAGGAAUUAUAUAUAUAGCUAUACAGAUAUAUAUAUGUAUAUAUAUAUAAAAUGUGUGUAUUUCAUGUCACUAUAUAUGACAAUAUUGUAUGUCAUGCUGUUUAUGCAUGACUACUGGGUUUUUUGAAGUAGUGUCUGAAGUUUGUUAGGAACACCAUGGAGACUGUGUAUAAAAUGAAAUGGUCUCUUAGAAAUGAGGUACAUGGUUCUUACUCUUCAAAUAUUUAUUCUGUUGGAAAAAAAUUUUUCUGUUCUGCAGUAGAGAGGUGUGGGGAAAUGUAUUUAAUUUACUUUUCCUUUAAAUCUAUUUGUCCAUCAGUGGUAAUUCAUACCAACUGUUAGUGAUGUACGUUGUCCAUAUAUUUAUAACUUUAACUUGAGUUACUAAAAAUUUUUGCAUAUUAUUUCACUUCUGUUAGUUCUUUAUGGGAAGAACAGGGAAUCUUUAUGCCAGUGCUGUGGGACAAAUGGUGACAUGUCAUGGCUUCUCAGUGUGUUUGUUUCAUUUAUGCAGAUGUCCAUCUUGUUUCACAAGAAGUUUAGAACAGUAGAAGAAGAUAGAACAGUAGAAACUUUCUAGAUAAGAACUAUUGCUUUUUGAUCUUUAUGUUUUUAAAAUUUAUUUUAAAUCUUAAAACUUUCACAUCUAGGUUCCUAUUCUGAUAGACAAGUGAAAUUGCAGGUGAUUUUGUAAAUUUAGCCCCAUACCAGUCAUAACUUUAUGGAUUUUAGAGGCUGUAAAUUGCCACUUGCUAGUAGUUAAAUUUUGUUGCCUUUUGUAGAUUUUUUUUUCUGAAUCCUAAUGCUUUAUAAGAGCCCAGAAUGCCCACUCUGCUCUCUGCCUUUGCUGUCUUUUUCUUAAAAUAUGAUUUAGUUUAUAUCAGGUUCAAGUUCUUGAUUAUUUUUCUAUUACAAAUAAUAUUAAAUAAUCAGGAGUCAGAAUUCUUUUAUGGGUUUAUGAUCAGUAUUACUUUAUUCUAAAGAAUUACCUUUCAUUUUCUUGUUUACGUUGUUACUCUUUCUAUCAUAUAGAUAAUAUUUAAUAGAUUGUUAUCUGUGAUUUCAUUUUAAACUAUUUUAUUUAUUUUAAUUGAUAUGAUACUUUAUAUAAACAUUUGAAAAGGUAACAAAUACAGAGUAAUUUAAAUUGUUAAUGUAAAUAGUUGGUGCUCACUUGCAUUUAUGGUUUAUUAUCUUUGAAAGCAGUUGACAGAUUUUACAUCUUUGCUAUAAAGCACUGCCAUAUUUGUAUUUUAAAAGGAAUUUAGACAUUUUAUGUAUAGCUCAGAUGGCAUCCUUUCUAGUUUAUGUUAGCAUUUCUUUCUUAGUUUCUGCUUUUCUGAGCUGUCUUUUUAACUUCUAGCAAAUCUUUUUAGUCAUCUUUUAUAUACUCUUAGCUCUACAUAAAAUAAACAAAUGUUCUUGUUAAGCCUGUAGGACUGGAUGAAUGGGGUUGUGAAAGUGAUUUGGCAAGAGGAUAAUUUACAAAAACCAAAUGAGUAUUGAGAAGCCACAGAAAUACUGAAAUUGUGACAUGAAUAUUAGGAUGAAAAUUUUAAUGAAAUUCCAGUGCUCCCUUUAAUCAUUUCUAAUUAAAGUACAAAAGUAUGAACAACUGAUCUUAUAGAGGAUCAGGAGGAAUGCCAAAAGCUGAUAUUUUAGCAAUUCUGAAGUGUUUUUAAUCCAUUCUUAACUACUUGGUAGCUGAGGUAGUUCCCCCAUCUGAGACCAUAUUGUCAGAUUUUAGUUAAAAUAAAGGAUUCGACUUCUGUCUCAAAUGAGAAGUUGACAGUGUAACAUGCUACUUUUCUUUAGAAAAUGGAGUUGGCAUCAUUUGGUACUGCCUGAAAAAGAGUUAGACUCUAUUGGCAAUUGAUAAUUGAGUAUUACCCACGGUGCUUAUUAUUCUUUAUGAACUUCCAUUGAAAUAAUUCCUAUUUAUCCAUGGCAGCAUAAUCAUUUCCAAAGACCCCAGUAUUUGCUGCUAUAUUUUGUAAACUCCUCCGAUGUUCCUGAACAAGGGGAUUUCUUCACAUCGUUUCUUUGUGUCUGGACAUCAUAGGGUUAACAAAUGUGCUCAUUUUACAGGAAGGAUUUUAAAAUUUAAAGAAAACUACCUGGGAUCAUAGUGUUUCUGUGAUUUUUAUUUAAUUAUGUAUAGUAAUUGUCCAGUGCCAGAAAAACCAUGACUUGCAAAAUACUUUGCACUCAAAAUGUUUUUACUGUUUUUGUUAAUGGCUUCUGCUUUCUUUUGACUACUUGACUUACAAAAUAAUCUGAUAUGACUACUCCAUUGAAGAGCAAAGGUAACUCAUGUUUAUUAAGUAAUUAAUUGCUUGUUCUACAUGGUUAUGAUAUUUUUCCAUUAUUUUUGAAAAAUAACAAUCAUGGAUAGUGUUCAUUGCAAGAAAGUGAAAAAUAUAAUUUACUACAUAUAUAAAUUUUUAAAUGUUGCCUUAAAUAGGUGUAAAUGAGCAGUAGUAAUUGCAAUGUACUGAUUUACCUCAAGGUGCAAAAUAAUUAAACCUGUACAUAUUCCAUUUACAAAAUAAAUUAAUAUAAACAGCCCUGCACUUUCUUAGAUGCCUUGGUUUCCAGGAUGGAGCUUAGUGCUACUGAAUACCCUGGCUACAGAGCCACCUCAGGAUAUUCUUCUCUCCACCCUAUUUUAUUUAUUUAUAGAUGUCUGUUUACAGAGACUAUGAUAAAUCCUGAUGUUGACCAUCUGAAAUUUACCUUCUUUUGGAUGCUAUUUCACUCUAAAAUAGCAGCUUUUGAGAAAACAAUGAGCUAAUAACUUCCUUAUGAUAAAAGGAUGAUGCUGUAUUUUCUCUUAUAAUAUUAGAUAUGCUGAAGUGAAGCACACAGUCUUUCUAGUGUGUGUGUGUGUGUGUGUGUGAGAGAGAGAGAGAGAGAGAGACAAUGUUGUUAAAAAUCUUAAAUUUCUUCAGUUGUUGAAAAAAGCUGUGGCGUAUCAAUGUUCAUAUUUGCCAAGUCUUUGUAAAACAUGGAGGACAAACUUUAUGUGCUAAUGCAUGUAUUUAUAAGGCAGGGUUUCUUUACCACUCAAAAUUACUAAUUUUUGUUUUCUCUCUCCAAAAAGCAUUUCUGUUUCUUCUUCAUACUUCAGGUUUAUGUAUGUGUAUAUAUUAGCUUUCUAAGUUUUUUCCUUUCACAAAGACAGGUUCAACAUUCUGUAAUGUAAAAUGGUUUCUGAAACUGAGGUAUUACACCAGAGCUUGCUGUUUUUCAAGUAUCAUAUCAUGUACAUUGAUUCUGUAAAUGUGCUCAACAGUUUUGACAUGUGAAUCCUGUUUUAAAGUGCUCAGAUUUUGGAUGUGUAAGCCAUUGAUAUAACAUUGUAAUUCAAAAAUGUUUAAAUUAAAUAACUUAAUGCUUUAAAUUUAUUUAUGUAGAUGACAUCAUUGUUAUCAUAUAUAAUACAAAUAUGUGAAAUGUCUUCUGGUUUAGUACAACAAUUAUUUAUUUUUUAGAAAGUAAGCUUAAAGAUUUUAAGGACAUUGAAAAUUUAAAAUAGUGUUCAAAAUUCAAAAUUUGGCAAUUUUAAUGUUAAGUUGGAUCUUUUCUAACAUAUCAAAAGUAAUAUAAGUAUCAAUAAUAGGAAAACAUAUAGUUGGAAAUGGAAUCAUCUAAAGAUCAUUUUUAAAGUUUAAUUUAAUUAGCACAUACUGACUUCUGCAGUUUUAGUAAUUGUUAAACCCCAGUGGCUUUUUAAUCAGAUUUUUGUGCAUUGAUUUUUGUGUUGUGGCUUUUUCUUCUGUUGCUUUAAUAUUAAAAAUCUGGGGUUUUUUUUGUUUGUUUUUGUAGGGGGGUUAUCUUCCAAUGUUUACUAUGUUUGAAUAAAUAGAAAUUGAAUUUUAUUGUUCAUUUAUAUAAUAUUUGAUAGCUUGGUAUAAUUUCACAGUACAGUUCUAAUUUUUAUGACUUUUAUAAUUACAAUGAUAAUAUUUUUUUUGUAAUAAAAUCCAAGGUAAAUUAAACAUUUAAAAUGUAGAACUGGUAUUUUUCAUUUAUAUGAAGUACAAGUCUCUACCAAGUCUAUAAUGUGAACAAUCCUGCCUUUCAAAUUUGUUUCAUAAUUGUUAGAAGAAAACUAUUUUUUAGAGAUGUUAUUGAAGUUGAAAGAGCAAUAAAAGUCUACUGAAUUAGUUGUUUGGA